AUGAGAUCGAAAGCGUACAUCCCCAUCACCCUCGACAUAGCCAAACUUAACAAUGACGUGUGGAGAGAGCUAUUUGAGACUCAUUGUCUCAGCUUUUGUGCUCUCAGCCAUCUCGACGGCACAUCCACUGCCACUCCGGCGACCCAACAGCAGUGGAAAGAACAUGAUGGCCUCGUCAAAAUGUGGAUCUACGACACGAUCUCUGAAUCAAUCUUAGACAUCGUUCUUAAGACAAAGUCCACCGCCCGUGAACUUUGGAUCACCAUCGAAGAACUUUUCCGUGAUAACAAAGAAGCAAGAGCGAUGGAGUAUGACACCGAACUUCGAACUCUCACCAUCGGUGACUCCACCGUCGCCGACUACUGCAAACGCCUCAAGACACUCUCCGAUCUCCUGGCAAACGUCGAAUCUCCGGUUACUGACCGCCAACUUGUCAUGUACAUGUUGGACGGUCUCAACGACAAGUUCGACUCCAUCAUCAACGUAAUCAAACACAAAUCUCCUUACCCAUCGUUCACCGUUGCUCGAUCAAUGAUCCAACUUGAAGAAACUCGUCUCUCCAAACAUGUGCAACCUGCUCCUAGCCCACCAUCCGAUACGUCUACCCCAAAUAUCCUCUAUACCACGACGGACCAACAAUCUUCGCGAGGACAUCACUCCGGUCACCAAGGUCGCAGACACAGAGGUCGUGGUCGCGGUAGUCGCCAGAACAGAGGACGUGGCCGCUACAAUAAUCACUGGCAAUAUCAAAACCCACCAUGGGGAUAUGGUCAACCACCGUACCAGUCUCCAUAUUACGCACCACCACCCCCGCUCUACGGCUCGACACCACACAUGGCUUACCCCUCUGUUCCACCGGUUCAACCUGCACACCACCAACCUCGUCCACAUGGUGAAGCUCACGUCACGCAAAUGCUUCCUCACUCUCCCACACCUCUCACAUACCUCCCACAUGCGCUAACCAACGCUCUCCAAACGAUGACCAUUCAGGAUCCGAAUGCAACUCCUUGGGUCAUAGAUACGGGUGCCACCAACCACAUCACCGCUCAACCAGGUAUUCUACGUACCACUUUUAAUUCGAGUCAUUUACCUAGUGUCAUUGUCGGCAACGGGUCCUCCGCUAAGGUCACUCACGUUGGAUCUUCCGACCAAGACCAAGCUCCUCCGCUGCAAUAG